AAAUACAAGCCAUCAACCGGGGACUUAAAAGAAAACGAAAACUUGAGAAAGGCUGGGAUUGGUAUGUGUGUGAAGGUUUUCAGCACAUACUUUAUCAACAAGCAGAAGCCUUACAGAGCCUUGGAGUAGGCCCAGAGUUAAAGAAUGAAGUUUUGCAUAUUUUUUGGAAGCGCUACCUUCAGAAGAGCAAGCAGGCAUAUUGUAAAAACCCAGUUCAUACCAGCAGAAGGAAAACUACGGUAUUAGAAGAUAAUUCAAGCCAUUCAGACUGGGAGAGUGAGCCUGAGCUGCUGAGUGACGUGAACUGUCUGUCUUUUGCUGAAAGUGGAGCAGAGUCUCAGCCUGACAUCCGCACCCCAAAGCCUUUCCCCAUCAUCAAAGCAUCACACUCAGAAACGACCUCUGUCUGUUCUGGGUCUCUUGAUGGAGUGGAAUAUUCGCUGCGGAAGGAAAAGGGGAUCAUGAAGAUGAGUGUACCACGGACGCUAGCCUUCUGCUAUCUGUCAUUACUUUGGCAGAGAGAGACAAUUACUCUUUCAGAUCUUUUAAGAUUUGUUGAAGAGGAACAUAUUCCUUACAUACAUGCUUUUCAGCAUUUUCCGGAAGAGAUGAAAUUAUAUGGACGUGACAAAGGAAUCUUUGCCAUAGAGUCUUGGCCUAACUAUGAAGUUAUCUUUAAAAAAAUAAUUGAAGUUGCCACAUUCUUAGAUUUGCCACGUUUUCCAGACAUAACUGAAAACUGCUAUCUUCAUCCAAACAUCUUGUGUAUGAAAUACUUGAUGGAGGUCAAUCUCCCUGAUGAAAUGCAUAAUUUAACCUGCCUAGUGGUAAAAGCGACUGGAAUAGGAGAAGUGGAUUUUCUAAGAUUUGAUCCUAUAGCUAAAAAGGCAAAAACUGUUAAAUAUGAUGUGCAAGCUGUAGCUGUCAUUGUAGUGGCAUUGAAACUGCUCUUUUUAUUGGAUGACAAUUUAGAAUGGUCUUUGUCUAAUAUUGCCAAGAAAUAUAAUGAAAAGAACAAAGAAGAUAAACCAUGGUUUGAUUUCAGAAAAUGGUACCAAGUUAUGAAGAAAGCUAUUGAUGAGAAGAAACAAAAGUGGGAGGAAGCCAGGGCAAAGUUUCUGUGGAAAGGUGAAAAGCCAAUCUACUACUCAGCCAUUGACAGGCCGGUGGUGUAUAAAAGAAGAGAAAUGCUGGUGAGUCUACAGAAACAGUUUAGCACGCUGGUGGAUUCAGCACCAAACAUUGAAAAAAAAAAGCCUUCAAGUUUUCAAUUCAACUGGACUGAAGAGGACAGCGAGAGGCCUUGUUUCCAUGGGCAUAGCCUCCAGGGAGUCCUGCAGCAGAAAGGCCAGUCCCUGACAACCAAGAAUUCCCUCUACUGGCUGAGUACUCAGAAGUUCUGUAAAAGCCAUUGUAAGCAUGUGACAACCUACGAAGAAUCCAAUUUUUCCCUGAGUUACCAGUUUAUACUAAAUCUCUUCUCCUUCUUGCUGAGAAUAAAGACUUCCUUUCUCCAUGAAGAAGUGAGCUUAAUAGAAAAGAGACUUUUUAAAGCAAAAUAUAAUAAAACAAACAAGAAAUCUUCGAGAUCCAGGAAAACAAGAAAGUGCUGAAAGAAAUGAAGUGGAAACUUGCCGGGGAAAAAUAUAUUAAUAAUGAAAGUAAUGUCAUUGUAAUAUAAAAUUCUAGAGAAUGGUGAAAAAUAGAGUUUUAUUGCAUACAGCUACAUACAUACAAAUACCUAUAUCAAACAAAAAUGUAUGUUGGAAAACAGGUGAAAUUUAUUUGAAUUUAUUUUUAUUUUAUUUUAUUUUUUUAGGAGCUAAGAGUGCCUAGAUAGCUGUAGAAUCAUUUCCUUUGCAAAGUUCUAUUGGUUUGUAUAGGGUGAAUAAAAUUUAUAAUAAAACAGUUUUUGAAGAUACUAUUGUUGUUCAUAUAAAAAAUAAUCACCAGUUAGGUCAUUUAUAUGUUAUUUGGUACUUAAAUAUAUUUUCCAACAUUUACCCUGAAUCUUUCACAAUAAUCAUUAAUAUUUUGUGUGAAAAAGGGUUAACAUAGCAGGCCUAAAACUGCUAUCCUUGGAAAGGCCUGCUUGCAAGGCUGACACUUGGCUGGUAUCUAGGAACUCGGAUUUUGGGGGGGUUCCCACCAUUCCUUGAUAAGAAUGGAUCACGAUGCCUAAACUGUUUGUGCAAACAACAUGGUUUAUGCUGAAUGCCUGCUCUUUUUCUAAGAGUGUGAAAUUUUGUUACUUGCUGCUCCUUUGAUUUUUUUUUUAUGCUUUUUUUUUAAUUUUUAAUUUUUAAAAAUUUUUUUUUAUUUCCCCCUCCCACCUCCCUCCCCAUAACAUCUCUGUGGGUCAUCCCCAUUUAAAUUAUGAAUGUUCUUGUUAAAAUGUUAAGUAAAUGGUAAC